AUGGCCACGGGGCUGCUGGAGCAGACAGCACCAAAAACCUGCACUGGCCUUGACCCCAACACUGCCCAGCCCCACGGGGACACGACCAAAGUGCCUUUUCCGUCCCAGGCACCCACCGAGCCCUCACCAGUGGUGGCUGUGGCCGAGUGCCAGGGGAUGCCCCAGUUUCCCAUGCUGGUCCCACAGCCCCUGGCUGGGGAGCAGAGCUGCAGCAGGAGCCCCAGAGCCAGACCGCUGUCCCCGUGGCUCUGCCCGUCCAGCCCCUGGCUGCCCUAUGCCAGGAGGUGGUCAGGAAUGCUCCUGAUGGUGCCAGACCCCUGCCCCGUGUCCCCACUGUCCUCACAGUCCUCUGAGCCCUGGGAAGGGUCUGUGGCUCCCCGGGAUCCCCCCGGCGGGUUCCCGGGCGGCGCCGAGCACCGGUACCGGCCACGGAGCGUGGGAGGCCCGGCGCGGCGCGGGAGAGCCGGCGGCUGCCCACGGCACAGCCCCCCUGCAGGCACUCCCAAAGAAGCCGGAGAUCAGGAGAGCCCCGGAGCUUGGGGCUCUGCCAGGAGCCCCCCAGAUGGGUGCCGAGCAUCGAGGGACCCCUCCUGCACCCCCAGUGCUCAGCCGCCGGCCGCCCCUCGCCCCGCUCCUCCCGGCAGCUCCUCUGCUCCUGCGCUGAGCCCUGACCGCACCGGGGACCCCCGGCACCCCCGCACCCAACCUGCUGCAGCGCCCAGCCCGGCAGGGCCGGGAGGGGCCGGACCCACUCAGCCACCGGCACCGGCACCGGCACCAUCCCUGCGGGGCAGCCCCCAUCGUGGCAGUGCCCGCCCCGUGGCACCUCCCGGCGGAGCGGCGGGAGAGGUUUUUAAUUCACACGGUUUAGUCUGGAACCAUCGUGUUGGUGUUAAAGUUUGUUCAGAAGGAGCACGGCCUCGGACCGGCACCAGAACCGAGUGGGCACCAGGGAGCCAUGAGCGUGCUGGGGGUGGGGGGCGGUCCGGGCACCCCCACGGGUGA